AUGACGACCCGCACGCACAACGAAUUCCUGGACACUGCAGCCAGCGAUGAUGAGACCAGCGAUCGAGGCUACGACUCCGAAGCCAAUGUGGCAGAGAGCAAAGGCAGAGCCGUGAAGCGGCGACGAACAGCCGAGACACAAGACUUCUUCGGAGUAGAAUCAGACGAAGAUGACUCCAACGAAGAUUUAGAAGAAGAACAAACUCGCGGCAAAGGAAAGGGCAAGAGCCGCAAGCAAGCAAAGACCAAACAAGACGCCGAGAAUGACGAAGAAGACUCCAACGACGACGAAGCAGACCAAGACAGCGCAUUCCUAGAAGCCGCCGCAAAAAUCGCCCGCACAAAAGCCCUCCAGCCAACCGAAAAGAAGCCCAAACUGGCCAACGGAAAACCACCUAAGAAAAACAAAACGGGCGUUAUCUACCUCUCCUCCCUGCCACCAUACCUGAAACCUUUCGCACUGAAAGGCAUGCUAGAACAACGCGGCUUUGAACCAAUCACGAAGAUCUUCCUCGCGCCGCUUCUCCCCUCAGCAGCCGGAAACCGGCGCAAAAGCAACAAGCGCAAGACCUACACGGACGGGUGGGUUGAAUUCGCCUCGAAGAAGACGGCCAAGAUCUGCGCCGAGACGCUGAAUGCGCAUAUUGUCGGUGGAAAGAAGGGUGGGUGGUACCAUGAUGAUGUGUGGAAUAUGAAAUACCUGCGUGGAUUUAAGUGGGCGGAUUUGAUGGAGCAGGUUCAGCGUGAGAGAAGUGAGCGUGAGGCUAGGCAGCGGAUUGAGGAUUCGCGUGCGAAGAAGGAGGAGAAAAUGUUUGUUGCUGGUGUUGAGAGUGGGCGUGUUGCUGAUGGUAUGGCGAGGAAGAAUGAGGAGAAGGCUAGGAGGAGGUUGGAGGAGAGUGCAAAGAAGGAUGAGGUAACAGAGGUUUCGCAGAAGAAAAUUGCUCAGCCUGUUCGACGACGCUUCCAGCAGAGUGAGGUUGUCCAGGGGAGUAAGGAGGGGGCUGUUGCUGAUGAUACUAAGAGGGUGCUUGGGAAGAUUUUUUAG